UCUCUCUCUCUCUCUCUGGGCAGACGAUGAUGACGAGACUUUUAAAGAACUCAUCGACAAGCAACACAACCAGGAGGCCUGCCCUGCUUCAUCUUGUUUGCGCUGCCGCCAUUUUCUCUCUCGUCGUUUUUGCCAUCCAGUCAUCUUUCUUCACCGGUAGCCAGAACCUUGUUACUGUCAACAGAGAGGAAGUUGAGAUCUUAUCUCAAUUCCAGUCCAGUGUUCAGCAAUGCGUAGCGAACAGAGGGCUUGGACUUACUGCAAAAAUUAUUGACCACUGUAAUUUGAUUCUCAAGUUUCCAGAGGGCACUAACAGCACUUGGUAUAAUGAACAGUUUAAAAUCUAUGAAAAGUUGGAGUACAGUUAUGAUGUUUGUGAGGCAAUUUUACUCUGGGAACAGUAUCGUAACAUGACUACAGUAUUGACAAGAGAAUAUCUAGAUACUCGCCCAGAUGGAUGGUUAGACUAUGCUGCAAAAAGGAUUGCACAAUUAGGUGCAGAUAAAUGCUACAAUCGGUCUCUCUGUGAGGAGAACCUUAACUUAAUUUUGCCAGCAAAGCCACCCUUCCACCCCCGCCAGUUUCAGACAUGUGCUGUUGUCGGGAAUUCUGGAGAUCUCUUAAAGACAGAGUUCGGAAAAGAAAUUGAUAGUCACGAUGCAGUUAUACGAGACAAUGAGGCCCCAGUUACUGAGAAAUAUGCAAAGUAUGUUGGUCUGAAGAGGGAUUUCCGCCUAGUCGUAAGAGGUGCUGCACGUAACAUGGUUAAAAUUCUUAGUGGAUCAGCUGAUGAAGUACUUAUUAUCAAGAGCGUGACUCACAGAGACUUCAAUGCAAUGAUAAAGAGUAUUCCAAAUCCUGUUUAUCUCUUCCAAGGUAUCGUACUACGCAGAGGUGCCAAAGGAACUGGAAUGAAAUCUAUAGAACUAGCACUUUCAAUGUGUGACAUUGUGGACAUAUAUGGUUUCACAGUUGAUCCAGGGUAUACUGAAUGGACACGAUAUUUUUCUCCACCAAGGAAAGGGCAUAAUCCGCUGCAAGGAAGGGCAUACUACCAACUCCUGGAAUGCCUCGGUGUUAUUAGGAUCCAUUCUCCCAUGAGAGCAGAAAGGAAGCAAGACUGGUCAGAUGUGCCAAGCCGAGAAAUGAUAAGAAGAGCUCAUGCAGCUGCCCUGCACUUGAAGAGGAGUCAAGCUGGCCAAGAUGGUCGGUUGGGACAAUUUGGAAGCUGUAAAAUUUGGGGCAAUGUGGGUCCCCACAGCAGUGGGCCUAUCUCUGGAUCUCCAGACAUGAGUGGUAUCAGGAAGUACUCAAAUUACAGCAAAUGGGAAGUCAUGCCUUUUGUUAGCUUAAGAAAGGAGGCACAGGAUCAUUAUGUUCAGAUGGAAGGUGUUUCUCUGUACAAAAUGGAUGGCAAUAAAUUGGAUGAUCUGGUAUGCAUGAGACAUUCCUCAAAAUCCGAGGUGUAACCCAAAUUCUGUGUUGGUGUCUUUUUGUAUUCCCGUGAUGAUUGGUUGAGAGCAGAACCAGCCGGGUAUAUUCAUUCUAUAUGGAAUUUACCAUGAGAUAGGUUUCCCAGGCGGGGAUUCUCUGAAUUGGCCUUGCCACUGCAUUCGUGUCACUUCAAACAAUGGUGCCAUGUGGUCCUGGAUUCAGUGUGGGUUAUGGAAAGAUGAGGCCUUGGGAAAUUCAGAAAUUGCUGUUCUGGUACCAUGUAUUGGAUUUUGUUAAUUUGGAAUGUUUAUAUUUAAAAUCAAUGCUAUGGUGAGCAGUCAAGAUUGAUUGUUCUUUGCAAACAUGUACAGGCUGGUGAUAGAUAGUUUCAGGUCGAAUAGUCAUUGAUCUUUUGGAGUGAGUGUGUUGCUCGGAGAGGCUUGUGAUGUUCUUGGAGGAGAAUUCUGCAAGCGCCCUUAUCAAAAGGAAGUUUACUAGAGGAAAACCAUGUCCAUAAACAAAAUCCUCUUCCUCUUUUAUUAUUAUUUUCUGUGUAUGGUUUAUAUUUUGGUGGCUAAUUAUUUAUAUAGCUUGGUGCAGAAGUUUGGACUUAAAAGGAAAUGUGAAAGUCAGGCAUCUAAAUGAAGAAACUUUUGGUUCUAGACAAGCGAUAAUUGGGAAACCACCCCGGCACUCUGGUCAAACACAAGCUUCAUUUAUACACAGAUCUAGGGGUUUGAUUCAUAUUAGGUACUAUACUGCAAUGAAUAGUUGUUAAUGAAAAAGUUGUAUAAAAAAG